AUCCAAGCCCGAAGGUUGUGUGGCACGCAACAGCAACAGGAAACGGAAGAAUAGAACACCAGCAACAGGACACCAAGAGAACAACGGCAUUUGGAACAGGCGCAACCGUCGUCAGAAGCGACCAGACAAGCAGGAAGGAAGAGCCAAAGAGCAAGAGGAGAGCAGACGAGGAGAAGAAGCUUACCCCCAUACCCAUUUCCGGCCCAUCCCCGCUCCCAUCCCAGUCGCCAAUAACCAUAGCCAUUUGCCACAGCCGUGUGCCACAUUCUGCGCGUGCAACAAGUCAGCCUUCUUCGAGUAUUUUUUUGAAAGUGUUUAAGCCAAAAGUGUUAAGUGAUCAAAUGUAAAAGCUGUUUUGUUUUUGCCGUGCUGCUUACAAUUUCAAUAGUUCUACAAAACAAAACCCAACGAAUACUCAACAUACCUGAAACCUGAAGAAGCUGAAGUACAACAUCCAUCAGAGCCCUGAAUCAUUCGAAGUACACAUACAUACAUAUAUAUACGCCAGAAACAUUAUAUACAAUAUACACUUAUAGAUAGAACUACACAGAUAUGUAAAUGAUAUCCCCAGUAGUUACAAGUACACUCUACAGUCGUUGUUAAAUCAUCUUUAAAACCUAUUCAUGUGCAUACAAAAACAGAAAUCAGAACCUAAGAAAAUCCAAGUGAAAUAAGACAGAAUAUUAAAAUAUUUAGCGUUAUUCCACUGAAAGAUUCGGAAAGAAAAGUACAGUUCGAAUCUAGCGUGUAAAAAGAUUCCACGAAUCCACUUCGUGGAAACAGAGCUAAAAAAUUUUUUUGUCUAAAAUCCAAGGUCCGAUGCUUACAUGAUGGUCGAAAGAACGAUAAAUUGGGCCAUGGAUGCCGACCUAGGAAUGAUUAAGCUCAAUGUAUCUCUGUGUCUCUGUGUGUAGCAAAACCAACAAAUCCCCACCCCAGCCCCACUAAUAACCAAUUAACAAUCCGAUCAGCCAAUCAACUUACAAUCAAAAUACAGUAAACAAUACCAUUUAAUCCAGUUAAAUAUCGUUAAAUACCGUUAAAUACAGUUACAUUUUUUUAAAUACAGUAACUUAUAGUGUUAAUGUACAACUCACAGCACUUUCGGCUAGCCGAAACCACAAGAAAACCCCAUUCCGACAAAAAUGUUAGCUUUUGCAGUGAAAACUAAACCAAAGAAAAACCAAGAAUCUUGACAGUGCUGCAAAGCGUAUGCUGCAAGAUAAAGCAAAAUAAACUAGAUAUGGGUGCAAGCGAUUAUACAUCAGACACACAAAAAAAAACCAUCGAAAACGGAUUGAGCGCGCAGCUGAAAGACGAGAAGGAGUAACAACCCAAGGAUAUCGUUUAUUAGCAAAGGAUCUGCGGGUGCAGACACAUAACGCCAUGCGCCAUGUCAAAACUUCGGCAUUACAGGUCCAUGGAUCAGCCCAGCAGCAGCGGUUGCGUGGCCAUCCGCAAAAAGACUAUGACAGCAGUAUGUUUCGUGUGCAACCUGCCCAUCAUGUCGCACCAGGUGGGUCUGGUGUGGUCAGGUGGCAACGGUUGGGAUGACCUCGUCCGCGAACAGCUGGAGGAGUCAACGAUCCGUCAGAGAUUAGGCGGACGUCGCGAUUCCGCCGCUCAGAUCACUACACCACCGAGCACCUCACCGCCGCCAGGACUUCAACGGCGGAGGCGCAGCUCUUUGGCCCAGCUUACUGACAUUCUGCGCGAGUGGAGCGGAGGCACCAAGCAACAGACCCAGCAGCAGCAGCAGGCUCAACAACAAGCCCGCAACAAGGGCCAGUUAAAUCGCCGCGAAACACUCGCCGAUCUCGCCCGCAGCUUGCCCUGGCGGACAUCCACGACCGAUGCGAGCACUGGUGCUGGUGGUGCUGGCUGCAGUUCCAGUGGAGGCAAUAUCACAUACAUUGCCCCGCGCAAGCGUCGCGAAUCGAGCGCCGAUUCCGGCAUACGCAGCAUAAGAUCCCGGCGCGAAUCGAACACGGCCGAGUUCGUAAAACACUGGAACAGGCGCGAGAGUACAGCAGUUGAGGAACUGCCUCCGAGCCACAUUUCCGUGAAUGUCGUUGUCGUCGAAGCUACCAAGAGCGCCUCGCGCCGCGGAUCCGGGGAGAGCUACUUGUCGAGCAGCCGGCGGGACAGCAAUGUCGCCGGCCGCGUGACAACGCCGCCACCGCCACCCAAGAACCAGGUGGCCAAGAAGCGGGACUCGCUUGCCGCCCCGGAGUUCCCCAACUUCCGGCAGGAGCAGCGUCCCUCCACCAGUUCCGCCGGCUCCUGUCACUCCGACUCCGUCUCCGUGCCACUAAUACAGUACCAUCAGCAGGUCGACUCCGCAUGCCAGGCCCUGCCGCCGCCAACCAUCAUAACCAGCUCGGUGACGCCGCCGGCCACCAGCCCAACGGCCCCAAAAGGUCGGCGCGACUCCACCACGCAAUGCGGCCGCGUAAAUCGGCGCGACUCAAAGGCCGGCCACAGUCCGGAGCGGGCACCGCGCAUGAACCGUCUCCAGCGUCAGGCCACUGCCUUUGACGAGAGCGUCCUUCCCGGUGGCAGCCGACGCGGGUCCCAGCCGGCCCUCAGCCCGGAUCCGCCCGAGGAUUGUGAACGCCGUGCCUCGCGCCGUGACUCCCUUUCGCCGGACAGCGCCUCGCGCGGAGGACGUCGUGACUCGCGCACCCAUCUCUCGCCAGAUCGCACACAUGAGCGCGACGGCAGCCCCCGGCGGCAAACACUGCGCCGCCAGAGCAGUUCGGCGGCCCGCCACUCGCCCGACUCCAACAGCUGCGGCUCGUCGAGGGAUCCCAGUCCCUGCUCACGGCCACCGCCUUUGCCGACUGUUGAACAAAACCAGAGACCUGCCAUUAGGCGCCAGUCCACCACAGAGGAGAUCCUAAUAGCGCGCGGCUUCCGGCGCCAAUCCACCACGGAGGAGAUGAUUCGUUGCCGCAACUUCCGGCGCCAGAGCUCCCAGAGCGACGACGUCUGUCGCUACCGCGGACGUCGCGAUUCAUCAGCCCAGAUUAUUGACGGCACCAUCGGCACCAUGACCGUGGAGACCACUAGCACUUUCUUCGACUCCAGUACUCAGACAGAACCAUCGCCGCUAUAUGACAACAACCACUACCAUGAGGAGUGUCUGCGGUGCAACUCGUGCGGCUUGAAUUUGACGGGACCCAAUCAGAAGCGCGCCAGGAGGUUCAAGAACCAGAUCCUGUGCGACCUGCAUUUCGCAGACGUGGCCCUAAUGGAGUGCUCCGAUUUUAUGCAGCAACUGCGGAGCUUCAAGCCCCAAUCGCUGGGCUGUGCAGUGGCGCGACGCAAGAGCUCCACGACGUUAAUAUUUCCAUUGCCGCCGCAAGCAUGUUCAGAUGAGUUCUGCGAGGAGUAUCCACACAACCUAAUGCCCACGCCCGGCUACUGGAUCGAAUGCUCGCGCCAGAAGAUCAGCAUGCCCACUCCGCACACCAUUUGGGAUGAGAGCGACUCCGAGCACGAGGACAUACGGGCGGGCAGUGCCAGCGAUGCGUACUUGGAGCGUGAGUGCAGCGAUCUGUACGAGGACGACGAGGACUCUGAGGCCACACCCAGUCCUCGCAAGAAAACUACCAUUGAGGAGCAGUGGGAUCAGCAGGGUGCCUUCGAACUCAUCUCCGUGGAACAGGAGACGUAUGAGAAAUAUUUCUACGGCACAGAGCACUGGAAUUAUUUCACCAGCGACGAGGAUCUUGGCCCGGUCAUACUUUCCAUCAAACAGGAGACGCUCAACGGACGCGACCAGUUUCGCAUUCUGGUGCGAGCUGGCUCCUACACGGUGCACGGAUUGAUCCCAGCUUCCUGCGUAUUUGCUGAUCGUUAUAAUCGCGAGGAGGUUGUUCGAUCUUUAGGAAAAGAAGUUAAUUUGAAUCCCCCUCUAACAUUAGGACAACUACCAGACACUCCAGAGGAGUUAUUGAAGUUAGAUCAGGUUUUUAUAAAAUCGGAACUUAAGGUUGGCGUCAUAUUUGUCAAAGAGGAUCAAUACACCGAAGAGCAAAUUCUGGACAAUAAUGAAAACUCACCGCUCUUCGAUGAGUUCCUCACACUUCUCGGCGAUCGGGUGCGGCUCCGUGGGUUCGACAAAUACAAGGGUGGCCUUGACACGGUACAUGAUCUAACUGGCCUCUUCUCUGUUUAUACCAACUGGCGUAAUAUUGAGAUCAUGUUCCACGUUUCCACGCUUCUGCCGUACGAGAAGCACGAUCCUCAAAAGUUGCAGCGGAAACGCCACAUCGGCAAUGAUAUUGUCUGCGUGGUGUUUCUCGAGGCGGACAAUACCCGCUUUAGUCCGGCCUGUAUUAAGAGUCACUUUCUCCACACAUUUAUAUUGGUGCGCGUCUCCGCUCGCAUCAAACACAAGCCGACGCGCUAUGAGGUCUCCGUGGUGACGCGCGACGAGGUUGGCGCCUACAAGCCGUACCUCUGGGAGCAGUCCGUCUUCGAGAAGGGGCCUAUGUUCCGGGAAUGGCUGCUAACGAAGAUCGUGAACGGAGAACGGGCCUCGUACUCGGCCCCCAAAUUCGCAAGGAUGCAGGAGCGCACACGGUCGCAGAUGCUCGAGGAUCUGGUGAUGAAUCUGUCCAAUCACGCGGAGACAGGCCAGAUACCCAAGCCGUAUCGACGCGGCUCUUGGCGACCGAUUGGUCACAUGCGACCCUCGUCGCCCCUGCUGGACUCGGUCCGGGAUCAGUUUGAGGACUACGAUCAGCUGGCGAAGGACUUCACUCGCGUGUUCCUCAACGAGGAGCCAUCGUGCUUGAGCAACUCUCACCUCUUCGACGUGGUUUUCCUGGUGGGUCAAUCCAAGCAGAAGGCACGCUUCAUUGGAGUCCGGGCCAUUCUGGGCGUACGCAGCCGCGUCUUUCAGGAGAUGCUAUAUGGCAUCCAGACAGGCUUCGGAUCGCCGCAGAUACCCGUCGCGGAGAUUUUCGCCCGCCCUGCACCGUCGCUGGUGUCGCCACAGAAUCAGAAGCCGAAAAGUAACAACUAUCUAACGGUGCCGGACUCGGACUCCAUACGUCCCAAGAGCGUGCCCUCGUCACCGAUGGUGAAGCGGGCCUUCUCUCGCCUGGGGACCAUCACGGCUGGAUGGGGUCGUUCGAUUCGGAAUAAGAACUCGAACCAGUUGAAUCCGGAUGACAAGAAGAAGUGGAUCUCGUCGACAGAUUGUUCGAAUAGGGACAGCAAGGACAAGGACAAGGACAAGCCGGGCAACAACCAGCUGGCGGUACCGCGGCUCUCGGUCUGCGCCGACGCUCAGAAGGUGGACCGGGCCAAGCUUGCACAGACGGAGUUCAACAUCAUCGAAUUUGAUCCGGACACAUUUCGAGUCCUCCUCGACUAUCUGCACACGGGCACUUGUCCUCUAACCUGUGUUUCGAUACCUGGGCUGCUGUGUGCCGCAGAGCACUACGAUCUGCCGGAGCUUCUUCAAGCGUGCUUCCACCACUGCAAGCAGUUCCUACGCAUCGAGGUGGUUUGCCCGAUGCUCAUCUCGCUGGAGAACUACUACUGGCGCUACACGUCCGCCUCCGAGCUGGUCAACAUGAUCCUGUCAUUUGUGGAGAGCAAGGCGCACGCCCUAUUUAAGUGCCCAGAGUUUCUCCAUCUGUCCGAGUCGAUGGUGCAGAUGAUCAUGUGCCGGGAGCUUCAGACCCCGGAGAUCCGUAAAUUUGAGGCGAUGCUCGCCUGGGCCCAGCACAAGGUGGCCAAGCUGAAAAACCACCCCAAUAAGGACACCCAGUUCGAGUUCGAGUGCAUCAUGGAGAGGCUGACCCGCGACCUCAACCUCUGCCGCAUCUCGCCCAGCGAGCUGCUCACCGUUGUCCUACCCUCCAAGUCAAUGAAGAACGAACGCAUAAUGGAGACGCUCAUGGUGCAGGUGAACCUUGGCACCUACCGCAUGCCCGAGCUAGAUGCCUACCGUCAGCAGUUACGCCAGCAGGAGUCCGCCGAGGCCACCGUGCAAGUCCACCGGGUCUACCCGCCAAACGAUGUCCGAGCUUAUGCAAUGGCCUCCCUGGCCGCCGCCCUCGAUAUGCAGCAACAGCAGACCCAGCAGCGUGACACCACCGACGAGGAGGUGGAACUCUAUGCAAGCUUCGACAUGGGGCCGAGCACUAGCCGGGUGGCGGCCCAGAUGCAGGCGGCCAAGGAGGCUCGUCGAAAGCGGUGGGCGACCGAUGGGGCCAGCGGGAGCAGCGGCGAUGGUGGCUGUGCCAGUGGCAGCAGCGGAAGUGGUCGGCGCUAAUGAAUAUCGAAGCGAGUGCGUGUGGAUCUGUGUGUGCCUCUGUCUAUGCCUGUGUGUGUGGGCGUAUCUGCGUCUGUCCAAUAAGUGUAUU